AUGUCAGGUGAAGAAAUAAAAGUCUAUACAAUUGAAGAACUAUUUAAAUUAAGAGAAAAUAAAUUCAAUUUUAAUAUAACAUUAACGAAAAAAGUAAAAACUAAAAAGCUAUCAAAGAAAAAAGGACAACAAGAAAGUACUUCUCCAGCAGAAUUUUUUGAAAGAUAUCGAUGGAUUAUGCAUGAAGUUAUUCUUAUUGAAAAAGAAAAACAAACAAAAAUGCAUGGAUCUUAUUUAUAUUCCUUGUUUUUACAAGGAAAAUUAAAUUUACAUGAAUGUACCGUUAAAUCUCAAGAUCCAACUAUUCCAUUUAUUUUACAAUUAAAGAAAUAUAUUGACAUUUAUAAGAAAAUAUUAGAUAUUGAUAAAGCAAAGGAAGAAGAGAAAUUAAAACAAAAAAUGGAAGAAAUGAAUAAACCAAAGGCAGCUGAACCAAUCUAUAAAGAACAAACAAAUGAAGAAUUAUUCGACCCAUUAGCAGGAUUAGAUGAAUAA